AUGCCUAAAAUAACAAUUAUUACCUUGUACAUUAUUAUAUUAUUAUCAUAUCAAUCUCAAGAAGGCCCUAAAGUUACUUUUAAAGAAAGACCUGAGAAAGAAGUCUCUCAUGGUUAUGCGCGUGUAAAAAUUUUGGCUGCCUCAUUGAAUCAUCGCGACGAAUGGAUUCGACAUGGUUUUUAUAAAUUAGGAGAUAAUUAUAUUAUGGGUAGUGAUGCUUGCGGUAUAGUUGAAGAAGUGAAAGACGAAAAAUAUGUUGUUCUUGGUCCGGAUGAUGGCACUUUCCGUGAAAAAAUUGUCGUUCAAUCUAAAAACCUUGUAGUGAAGCCUGUUAAUUUGACACCUGAACAAGCUGCCACGAUGUCUAUUGCUGGAUUG